ACGUAUUCUCUGUCACAAUGAGUGACAUCUCUCGAAAGAAAGCCGACAACAUCCAUCAGCACUUUCUCUGCGGAAUGGGGGCAUCCUUCUUCAGCAUAAUCGUGACCUACCCGGUGGCCAAAGUAGUGGCCCGCCAACAAAUGCACGGAUAUUCCAUUUCCAAGGCCCUCCGUAACGUGAAAGAAGACGGAAUCACUCUCCUGUACAGAGGUAUGCCAUAAACACCAACAAUCCAGGCCUAAUGCCCCCUCUUCUCCAGAAAACGACCUCAAUGACCCUCAUGUUCGGAUUCUACAAUCUCCUGCUACAAAAACUGGACAAAUUAAGCCAAGGACGACACCACAUGGCCAAUCAGGCACUGGCAGCCUCAUCGGCCGGACUGAUUGAGUCGAUUCUGUGCCCGUUCGAACGAAUCCAAGUACUCCUACAAGACCGGGCCAACCACAGUCGGCUGAGGAACACCCUCCACACUGCCCUCGUCCUUCGGCGAUUUGGUGUGAAAGAGUAUUUCCGUGGGUGGACCAGCAUUGCAGCUAGAAAUUCUCUCGGAAAUGUGAUUUACUUCACGUUCACAGGCCGUGGUGGUGUCUCAGUCCAGAAAAGUGUUCCCAGUGGGCUUUUUUACGGAGUGUUGGUUGGGGGGAUUUUGGGCGUGUUGUUCUAUCCGUUCGAUUUAGUUCGGAUCAGAACACAGAAGUUUAUGGGAGGCAGGUUUUAUGGGCCGUUCAGCACGUUUAUAUACGUGUGGAAUAAGCACGCGUUGGCUGUGCAUGGAAUGGGAUGUUUUCUCAACGGGUUGAGGGGUAUGUUGUCGUGGGGAAUGGUGGGGACUGCAUAUGCCUUUAUUGGCAGUCGAAUUUUCCAAUGA